AGGGGAGGAGCAGGAAGAGGAGCAGCCCGAGGAGCAGCAGCAGCAGUGGAAAGGGCAUUGCGGGGUUCCAGGGCGAGCCCGCAGAGCCCGCAGCUCGGCUGGCCCCGGCAGCACCGCAUUGCCCUGCAUCGCGCAGAAAGCAAGCAGUGCUGGGUGGCCGGGGAGUCACCGCUCCACUCACGGCACACCCCACUUACAAGCUCAUAAAAGUAUAUCUACUGCUUUGAAGCCUACAAAGCAUUUUCCAGUGUGCUUGGUUAGUCCAAAUGCGCAAAUAUCAAUAAGCUGGGAGCAGCAGUUCCAUAAUCUUUCCAGAAUCAGGAGAGCAUGAGCCCUGGGACCCCCAAUAGCCCCUCAGCCUGUCUAAGCAGGACCCGGGAGAGGGGGGAUGCCCAGGACCUACAGGCCCCCCAGCAGCUCUGAGAAGAGGGACCCCCACAACCCCAAAAUCAGGAUUUCCCAUUCCCAAACCUUGGCCGGAUGGAGGAGGAGGCUGCGAGGAAGCGGAAGAUGCUCUGGGACACUGAGGCAGACAAGGAGCUGAGGAUGGAGACCAGGGAGGGCAAAUCCCCACAGCAGAACCUCGUGGAAGAGGCCAUUUUGAGCGGCUCCACAGCGCAGGAAUCCAACGGGGAGGAAAAGCCCCGGAGGUCCCGCAGGAGGAGGGGCUGCAAACCCAGCCCAGGGUGCUCUGGGGGGGAAAGACCCACCCUGUGCCAGGAAGGCAGCCGGAGAUCUGGCCAGAGCUCUGAGGCUGUGGUCCAUGAGCAGCUUGACGAUGGCAAGAAGCCCCACCAGUGCUUGGAAUGUGGGAAGGGUUUCCUCAAGAGCUCCCACCUGAUUGUCCACCGGAGGAUCCACACUGGGGAACGGCCCUAUGAGUGUGGGGAAUGUGGGAUGAACUUCAGGAUCAGCUCCCACCUGAUCGUCCACCAGAGGACCCACACCGGGGAACGGCCCUAUGAGUGUGGGGAAUGUGGAAAGAGCUUCAGCGUCAGCUCCCACCUAAUCACCCACCAGACUGUCCACACUGGGGAACGGCCCUAUAAAUGUGGGGAAUGUGGACGGAGCUUCAGGAUCAGCUCCAACCUGUACCGCCACCGGAGGAUCCACACCGGGGAAAGGCCCUACAAGUGUGGGGAAUGUGGACAGAGCUUCAGGAUCAGCUCCCACCUAAUCACCCACCAGAGGAUCCACACCAAUGAACGGCCCUAUAAAUGUGGAGAAUGUGGGAAAGGCUUCAGGAGGAGCUCCAGCCUGAACCUCCACCAGAUGAUCCACACUGGGAUACGACCCUAUGUGUGUGGGGAAUGUGGGAAAGGCUUCCGUGACAGCUCUCACCUGAUCAUCCACCAGACAAUGCACACUGGGGAAUGCCCCUACACGUGCUCAGAAUGUGGGAAGAGCUUCAUUGAGAACGCCCGCCUGAUUGUCCACCAGAGGAUCCACACUGGGGAGAGGCCCUACGAGUGCCGGGAAUGUGGGAAAAGCUUCAGGCAGAGCUGCCAUCUGAUUGCCCACCAGAGGAUCCACACUGUGGAGAGGCCCUAACAGUGUCCCAAGUGUGGGAAGAGCUUCUCCCAGAGCUCUGCCGUGACCCAGCACCAAGGGAGGCAGCAGUAAGGGAAGCCCUACAAGUGCCCCGAGUGCGGGAAGGGCUUUGAGCGCUGCUCCAACUCCAUCCCCCAUUGGAGCACCUCCGCUGGAUGGUCCACAGUGACCCUCGUUGGGCAGAGACUUGCUGAGCCAUGGUCCUGGUCAUCCACGUUAGGAAGACACCUGGCUGGUGGUCUCCACAUCUUCCUGACUCCCUUGGGCACUUGGAUGCAGCAGGAGAAAAAUCACUGGGAUGCGAACCGAUGUCAGAAUUUCACAGGGGACAGCACAUCAUUUUUACUUUCGACCCCAAAAAAAAUCUCACCUUUUGCAUCCAAUCAUUUCUACUGGUGGCAUCAAGGAAUACUGGAUGGUAUUGGAGGUCUUUUCCAACCUAAAUCAUUCCAUGAUUCUAAUUCUCUGGCCCCCAGGCAUCUUUCACAGCCAAAUGGGGAUGGACUGGAGCAAAAAACCAGGAUUUUGGAGACAAUGGAGUGGAAAUCCCUCUAGAAAAGGUUCUUUCUGCCCACCCAGGUACCUGGAUACUCAGCCAGCAUGGACACGUAAAUCCUUUUAUUUUGGCCUUGAUUUUCCCUCAUUUUUAUUCAUCCCUUCACCCAGACAUUGGGGUAACAUAAAGAUAUUCAACUAAGA